CCACCAGCCAGCGCGCCGCAAUCUCGUGCAGCGCCGUCGACAUGCCCUCUGCAGCUCCGGAAAAGAUACGGCGGUCUCGUAUCACCGCAGCGUGUGCGGUUUGUCGAGGGAAAAGGCAAAAAUGCAGUGGCGAAAAACCAGUAUGCGAUCAAUGCCGGCUGCACAACGAGGAAUGCUGGUGGAGUGAGACCAAGAAGCGUGGACCAGCCAAGGACUAUCUUCGAUCUCUGCAAGAUCGCCUUCAAGAGACCGAGCGCCUACUACUCGGUGUCCUGAGCCGAGUCAGUGACGGCGACCUUUUGGACGUUGUGCAAAAUGACGCGAGUACCGUGAAUGCCCCAAGCCACCAAACAUGGAGCAGCACCAUGUCAGGCCAAGAACACUGGUCACAUUACCCAUUGACUCGCCUGGACACAAUUAGAGCGUGGGAGAGUGCAAGACGUUCCUAUAUGCCCGCAAUAAAAUCCGAGCAACGCACAUUCUACGAUCCUACACUGGAAAGUGGCGCGAGAACAGACUACACGCGGCAGGAAGUCGCUUCGCCAAUGCCGAUGAAUGCCCAGUCUUCCGGUGCUGCAUCAGGAUCAAGCAUACCACCUCUCAACAACGGAGAACAUUUUCGAAGCUAUUCGAAUGCUACUGCUCACAGUCGAAAUGACUCCUGGCCACCGGCAGAAAGCAGCAGAAUGGAACGCAACGAGAGACGCUACAGUGAAGAGACCAGAGAAGCAGGCGAAGCAUUAUUUUCAAUCUCCAAUCACAUGCGCACUGGACAGCAGCCACAUCACCAACAGCAACAACACUCCAUACCGCAGCCACCAAUGCAGGCACAGAUGCAGCCAACUAGCCAGCCCUGGCAAUCGCCACCGAACGAGCCCGAGAAAGCAUCAGCAGACGCCAUUAUGGAGAACCCGCAACCGAAUUUCCCAAAACACCUUUUCUGGUAGUCGGUGGCCUCCCUUCGACCAACAGAGUCUCAGCGAUCAGCACAAGGCGUUGCACGGGCUUGAAAGAUAAUGCUGAAAGUUCUACCGCUUGACACAGACUAGGACUGAAACCCAUGUCAACUUGUUCAAUACGCGACAAUACCAC